GUAGUUGUAAAAUGAACCAGCAAGAUGUCUAUGAGUUCCAGGAACCCCUUAUACCAGACAAUUUCUGUGAGACACCAGUUUGUGCUUCUACACAAGAUUCCCCUCUCUCCAUGCCAUAUUCAAUAGUAUACUCGCGCAUAAUUGGCAGCUGUGUAUUUCAUCAGAAAUAUAAAAUAUUAAAACUUGGCUAUUACCCUGGUAAUACCAAAUUUACCAAAAAAACACCAAGUGCUAGUAUGCAGUAUAAAAUACCUGAUAAAUAUAAAAUGGAAACAAGGCUGUCAGGUUUUGAAGUAACCUGUCAAACAAAGUACAUGUCUUCGGGAAUAGUUCGUUAUUGUGUGUCAAUGAAAGAUGAAAAUGGCCAAACGCAAACAGUUCAUAGUGACAAAUCAGCCAGUGAUGCUGGAAACUUAUUUAACACUAAUAUACUUGGAAAACCAAAGACUUGUGUUUCAGGGACUAAUCUUUUCAGCUUUGACAUUGCAUGUUUACACAGUGAGAGAGAACGAAUUGUAUGUGAAACCUCUCAUACUCAGAAGCUAGCCAAACAUCCCUUUUCAAUGAUUUCUAGAUCUCAGCAGAAUAAGAGGCUAACAGCUUUGGCAACUGAAAUUCAAGGAAAUCUAGAAUCUGUCUUUGAAAAACAUCAACUGCAUACAGAUGUUAUGCUUAAGUCAGUUGACCUAAAAGUAUCCAUGCAGGAUGUUCAGUUUACAUUCUCAAAUGGAGAGGAUUCUGUAGCAUUCUCACAGCACUGUAACUCUGUUGUACAGACUUGUGAUGAGCACCUAAUUUCACGAGAAGCUUAUCAUCAAUUAGCAGCAAUAAACCCAAAGUUGAUUAGAGA